GUCCUUUCCCAGCAAUCAAAACGCUUCAUAAUUUCCUGUUUUCUUAUAUUUUCCCUCACUUUCCCGAGGAAACAGCCAAAAUCCCAGAAACCCCCCCCCCCCCCCCCCCCNCCCCCCCAACCCAAUGCCUUCACCGUUGGGUUCACCAACAAGCUCCCGGUCUGUAACCCAGACCGUAAACGGCUCCCACCGUUUCACGAUUAAAGGCUAUUCCUUAGCCAAAGGCAUGGGCGUAGGCAAACACAUAGCCAGCGAGAGCUUCACCGUCGGAGGUUACCAGUGGGCAAUUUACUUUUAUCCUGACGGUAAAAAUCCAGAAGAUAAUUCGACUUAUGUCUCGGUUUUCGUAGCUUUAGCCAGCGAAGGCACAGAUGUUAGAGCUCUUUUUGAGCUAACCCUUUUGGACCAAAGUGGGAAAGGGAAACAUAAAGUUCAUAGCCAUUUUGAUCGUGCUCUUGAAAGUGGCCCUUAUACGCUCAAGUAUAGGGGAAGUAUGUGGGGGUACAAGCGUUUUUUCAGGCGGGCUAUGCUUGAAACAUCUGAUUUCCUCAAGGAUGAUUGCUUGAAAAUAAAUUGCACUGUUGGUGUUGUGGUUUCAGAAAUUGAUUGCCCAAGAUUGCACCCCAUACAGGUCCCUGAGUCUGAUAUUGGGGCCCAUUUUGGCAUGUUAUUGGAAAAUGAAGAAGGUUCAGAUAUUACUUUUAAUGUGUUUGGGGAAAAAUUCCAUGCUCACAAGUUAGUAUUGGCUUCUCGGUCUCCUGUAUUUGAAGCUGAAUUUUCUGAUAGGAUGGAAGAAGAUAAUAACGAAAUAGUUGUUACAGAUAUGGAGCCUAAGGUUUUUAAGGCUUUGCUUCACUUCAUAUACAGAGAUACUCUUAUUGACGAUGAGGAGUUCUUAGGGACUAGUUCAUCUUGUAUGCCAUCUGUAUCCGAUGCAUUAGCUUCAAAGUUGUUGGCGGCAGCGGACAAAUAUGACUUGCCUAGACUUAGACUGAUGUGUGAGUCUGUACUCUGCAAGGAUAUAUCUGUGAACUCAGUUGCAAAUAUUUUAGCCCUGGCCGAUCGUUAUCAUGCUAUGGAUCUAAAAUCUGUUUGCUUAAAAUUUGCUGCUGAAAAUCUUGUCGGAGUUCCUGAAGUUAAUGAAAAACCCAAGAAUCGAGAGCGGAGCUUAAGCUGUUAUGCGCUCGGACGGUUUUGAGUAUCUCAAAGAAAACUGCCCGUCACUGCAGUCAGAGCUCCUCAAGACAGUUGCAGGAUGUGAGGAAGAAUUCAGUGGUGGAGGAAAGAGCCGAAGCGUGUGGGCACAGUUUUCUGAUGGUGGUGAUACGAUUGACAGGAGUGUAAGGCAACAAACCUGGGAAAACGGAGGGGAACAAAAUCGAGGCUUGUGGGUACAGCUUGAAGGUGGUGAUGCCGGCGAGGGGAGCCCCAGGCAAGAAGAAUGACGUUUGGAAACAUGGGUACAUUGUUUGUCAACUAACAUUGAGGACAUUAGAUGGGGGUAAAGGAAAAGAAAAGAAACUGUGGAAAUGAGAGGAACAGUAAUAGUUAGGAAACAUUUGCCUCUAUCUUGUGAAUUUCUCUUUUCUUUUAAUGUUACAGGUCUUGAUGUGGUAUGUUGUGACAGUGACUAAAUUAUGGUGGCAAUGUACUUAGAUGAUUGCUAUAUGCCGGUACAGUGCAUGGACUACAGUAUCAUUUGCUUAAGAGUUUGUACAAGUAAAUUACAUAAAUUAGAAAAAAAAAAAACCCCUUGAACAAUCU